AUGGCCCGCAUGCUGUCCGUCGUCAUGUUUGCGGCCACUGUGGCCGCAAACAUUAACUUUACCUGGGUCCAGCCGUCAUGCAGCCCUGACGACACGUUCAACAAGUGUCUGAGGGGGCAGCACUGCGAGAACGUCACCUGCAUGCCCAACUACCACCCCCAGAGGGUUGUGGCCCAUGCCGAGAAGCGGGCCAACCUGAUGCUCGGUAGGGUCCGCCACCGCAGCCAAGUCGGGAUCACCACGGACGGCAGCUGCGGCGCGGCCAACGGUGGGACCAUGUGUGGCUCCUGGCCUCAGGGCGGCUGCUGCUCGCAGUACGGCUGGUGUGGAAACACGCCUGCCUACUGCGGUGCCGGCUGCCAGAGCGGCCCCUGCUCGGCCUCGAGCCGGGUCUCGACGCCGGCCGUGACCAGCAGCGCGACCCCGAAGCUUUCUGCGAAGCUGACUACCGACGGGACCUGCGGCUCUGCAAACGGCGGGACCGUGUGCGGCAGCUGGCCUCAGGGGGGAUGCUGCUCGCAGUACGGCUGGUGUGGCAAGUCGCCGGUUCACUGCGGUGCUGGAUGCCAGAGUGGGCCUUGCUUUGGGCAGAGCUCCGUAUCUAGGUCUGCGACGUCCUCUCGUGUGUCAGGCAGCUCUAGUUCUGCCUCUUCCACGUCCAGCACGCCGUCCAGCAUGCCGUCCAACACUUCCUCCGGCACUUCCUCCAGCCCGACUCCCUCUGGAGCCCAGACCACCGACGGCACCUGCGGGGUCGCAAACGGCGGGACCGUCUGCGGCAACUGGCCCCAGGGUGGCUGCUGCUCGCAGUACGGCUGGUGCGGUAGCUCAUCCUUUCACUGCGGCAUCAACUGCCAGAGUGGGCCGUGUUCCGGGUCUAGCUCCGUGAUCAGCACCGGAUCCAUGAGCUUGACGAUGUCCAUCGGCUCCAGCACAUCCACAGGCUCUACGGCCUCCUCGGCCUCCUCUGCAUCAUCCACAGCCUCAUCCACAGCCUCAUCCACAUCCUCCGCACCCACACACUCCCCUCAGACUACCGACGGCACAUGCGGUGCCACCUACGACAACACCAUCUGCGGCUCCUGGCCCGAGGGCAGCUGUUGCUCCAUGUACGGCUACUGCGGCACCAGGGCAACCCACUGCGGUGCCGGCUGCCAGAGCGGCAACUGCACCGGACCCCCGGUUCAGCGAGCCCCCGGCCCCCAGCCCGCGCCGGCGAACCCCAACCCCGGCCGGUUCGACAUCAUCGGCUCGUCGGGCGUCCCGGCCAUGCACGCCGGCCUACUACCCAACGGCAAGGUGGUGUUCCUGGACAAGGUCGAGAAUUACACGCAGCUGCGGCUAGGCAACGGCCAGUUUGCCUACUCGUCCGAGUUCGACCCCGUCUCGUGCACGAGUAAGCCGCUGGCCUACAAGACUAAUGCCUUUUGCUCGGGCGGCGCGCCCCUAGCUGACGGCCGCUUCAUGAGCAUCGGCGGCAACGCACCCCUCGACUUUGUCGACCCCACCGUCGGCGACGGCUUCGAGGGUAUCCGCAUCUUGAAGCGCUCGCCCGCGGACGCCUCGCUCGACGGCACCGCCUGGGCCGAGGGGACCAACAGGCUGUCGAGCGCGCGCUGGUACCCGACGGCGCAGCUGAUGCCUGACGGCCGCGUCUUUGUGGCGUCGGGAAGCCUCAACGGGCUCGACCCCAACGUGCCGGCCAACAACAACCCGACGUACGAGAUGCUGGACCGCAACGGCGUGUCGUCUGGCGUCUCGGUGCCCAUGGCCAUCCUGCAGAGCACGCAGCCCUAUUACAUGUACCCGUUUGUGCACCUGCUGCCCGACGGCAAUCUCUUUGUGUUUGCGGCCAAGUCGAGCCAGAUCUUCAACGUCGGCGACAGCACCAAUACGGGUCGCGUGGUGCGCCAGCUGCCCGACCUGGCCGGCGACUACCGUACGUACCCCAACACGGGCGGCUCGGUAAUGCUGCCGCUGUCGGCCGCGACCGGCUACCGGCCCGACGUGGUCAUCUGUGGCGGCGGGCCGUACCAGGACCUGUCGGCGCCGACCGAGGCGUCGUGCGGCCGCAUCCAGCCGUCGGCCGCGUCGCCCGACUGGGAGCUCGAGUCCAUGCCCGAGGGCCGGUGCAUGGUCGAGGGCGUGCUGUUGCUGGACGGCACCGUGCUCUUCCUCAACGGCGGUGGCCGCGGCGGCCAGGGCUUUGGCGAGGCCGAGGACCCGACGCUCACGGCGCUCAUCUACGACCCGGCCGCGCCCAAGGGCCAGCGCUUCUCGACGGCCGCCACCAGCACCGUGCCACGCCUGUACCACUCGGUGUCGCUGCUGCUGCCCGACGGCACGGUCCUGGUGGCCGGCAGCAACCCGGUCCAGCAGCCGGUGCUCGAGGCCUCGCCCGAGAACCCGUUCCCGACCGAGUUCCGCGUCGAGCGCUACACGCCGCCGUACCUGUCGGGCGGGCGCGCCGCCUACCGGCCCGCCAACGUGACCAUCGGGGGGCCAGCCGUGCUGACACCAGGGUCCGGGCCGGUCGGUCUGGGGCUCGGGAACGGCACGACCGUCGGCAGCAACACCAUGGCGCUGCGCUUCAACCUGGCGCGGCCGGCCAAGGAAGUCAAGGUGGUGCUGUACAACAACGGCUACGUGACGCACUCGGUUCACAUGGGACACCGCAUGGUCUACUGCGAGUACACGGGGCUGGCCGCGGGGUUGCCGGCGCAGUCCAUCACGGUUCAGGCGCCGCCGAGCUACAGCAUCGUGCCGCCGGGCUACUACCUGCUGUUUGUGGUGGCCGACGGGGUGCCGAGCCAGGGGCAGCAGGUGUUGGUGAAGUAGGUUGAUGAGCGGGCUGAUGAAGGGGCUUAUGGACCAACGGACCCAACUGUAAUGUGUGAAUGGCAUUUUUAUGCAAAUAUUACUAAACCUAAGGCUGGGGCAGUCUGGUCCUCCCCUAAUGUCCAGUGGUUGAAUUGAAGCCGACAAGUUCCUCUCCUCCGUUUCUUGCCCUUCACUCAAGACCGCUUGCACUCGGUCACAGCAACCUCAAAGUCGGUCGGGCCCGUGUAGCGCUGCGUCUGCACCGCCCCGUUGUCGUCAAUGACGAGCUGGUCGGCCGGGAUGUGGUGGCAGUAGUCCUGGUCGGUGCGCGAGUUGGCGCGCAGCCAGACGGUCAGGUCGAGCCCGCCGCCCUCGGCCUUCUUGACGCCGAAGCGGUAGCUCUGCUCGCAGGCCGUCAUGUUGACAUCGGGCAGCAUGUCGGGCCCGUUGAGCGUGAUCUCGCACUUGGUGGGCUCCCAGCCGGGGAUGGGCUGGCUCUCGAUGCCGAACGAGUACUGGCAGCGCACGCUGUGGGCGAUGCAGGCGGCGUGGAAGUCGGACACGUGGAGAAGGAGGUACUGGCGGGCCUGCAGGGUGGAAGCGGAGGCCGAGGCGGCGAAGAGGAUGGUGUUGAGGAGCUGCAUGUUGGGAGGCUGAGGCUGAAGUUGGCUGAGAUGCUGGGUGAUUUGAGAGAUGCUGAGCGAUUGAGAGCUGGGGUUGAGAGAUGAGCGGCCGAGAUGUUGAGCUGAGCUGAAGAGCAAGACAAACAGCACCACAUGUGCUCCUCGGCCCCCUUAUAUACUCAUAACUCGUUGCCGUCUCUCACCGUCAUGCCAGCC